GGGAUAUCAAAUUUUGUUAGUGGAUGGUUCGUAAAACAAAAAAAAAAGUCGCGUCUGCGACAAAGUGCAACAAAACUCCUUUCCAAACAGCUAUUGCUAAAGCCGUCAAUGAGUAAAAAGCCUUUGAGAUCCAAGAAAGGUAGCAACGACAGCAGCAUUCCCAAUUUCGUGUUCAACGCAGGAAACGUCGAUUUCAAUUUCACAGGCGGCAGCGCGCCAUCCAGUCCUUCAUCACCAGGCUUCCCCAACCAACCAAUGACAUUCGGAAAUACUACUGGAUCAGCAGCAGCAUCGCCAACAACGGCAACGUUUGGCACACCAGCAGCAGCAGCCUCACAAUCAACUUCGCCAGCAUCACCGUUCGUCUUUGGAGCAAAUCCACCAAACCCGAGUACCCCUAGUGCUACUGGCGCCGGCGCCACAGGUCAAUCGCCAAAGCCCUUUGUUUUUGGAACACCUCCUUCUGGUGCUGGUGCAGCCAGUACAACAGGAAUAGGCACUGGUGCUUCGCCAUUCGCCUUCGGUGGUGGAGCAGCAGCAGCAGCAGGAACUCAGAACAUGGGUGGUGCUUUCGGUGGUGGUAUUGGAGGGUUGAGACGUGGUGCAUCUGAAGUGGUGCCAAGCAGUCCUUCCGAUCAGAGUAUGCUGCGACGAUCGACGUCUGAUAUCAGCUCGCCCACUUCUUCUUUCCUGUUCAAUUCAUCUUCUUCGUCAGAUGCCACAUCCACAGCUCCGGCCGCUUCAACAGCAACAACAACGGCACCGGCACCUUCUCUUUUUGGCCAAGCAUCAACAUCCGCAGCACCGUCGUCCACUGCUGCUCAACCUACAUCUACUGCAUCUACCGGAUUUACAUUUGGAGCGUCUCAGGGAACGGCAAAACCAAGCACGACGGGUGGAUUCUCAUUUGGCGCUCCAGGAGCAUCCAACACCGCACCGUCCUCAACUCAAUCCAAGCCAGCAGCUCCUUUUGGAGGUGGUCAAGCAUCCACAGCAUCGACCACACUCUCAACACCUGCAAUAUCCUUUGGUGCUCCUAAAACUGGUGCAUCGCCUUUUGGUUCAUCGCCACCUUCAGGUUCAUCUCCUUUUGGCACUACCCCACCUACCAGUACAACUACAACAUCUUCCGACACUACUGCUGCUGCCACGGCUCCAAAGUCUGCAUUCUCCUUUGGUGGUGGCGCCGCAUCGACAAGCACCUCAACGAGCACCUUGCCAUCAACAAGUAGCUCAUCACUAUCAUCAACACCUCCAGCAGCGGCGCCAUCGUCUCCAUUUUCAUUCGGUGCAGCAGCUAAGAAAGAUGAUAGCAACAAACCAACAUCAAUUACGACCACAACUGCUGCUGCAACAAGUACCUCAUCCGCCGAAGCACCAAAGCCAGCUUCAACUUUUUCAUUUGGAUCGCCCAAGACGACAACUGCUGCUGCUCCAACUGCUACGACGCCAGCAUCUACACCUUCAACACCUACAUUCUCAUUUGGCACUGCUAAAUCCGGUGAGCCAUCACCAUCUUCGACUGCCAGCACACCCAAAUUCUCGUUUGCAACCCCGGGCAAAAAAGAUGACAGCGCCACUGCUGCUACUACUACAAUGUCAGCUCCAUCAUCGACAGCGGCAGCAGCGACCACAACGGCAACAAGCACAUCUACAACAGCUGCUACUUCGACUGCUGGUACUACAGGAUUUUCGUUUGGAUCUACGCCAUCGACGACGUCUUCCACAAGCUCGUUUUCACUGACUACACCGGCACCCACACAACAGUCUGCUCAACCACAGCAACCGAAUGCAUUCUCUUUUACAAAGAUGCUUGAGGACAUGGAAAAGAUUGCAUCACAGCCUCCAACACAAAUACAUGCUUCAUUACUCACGCCGGCACUGCUGGGACGACAACAAAACCAGAUCGUCACUUCUACGAACUUCCGAAUUGACAAUAUCACACAAACCACGCUAUUUAAAGAAUUACCGGAACAAGCGCAAAAAGAACUAGACGAGCUGGAUAACUACAUACGUACUCAGGGCCAUAAAUGUGAUUAUAUCCUCAAGCACAGUCGCCAUCAUGCAGAUACCAUCCAAAACGGCAAGGCAGAAAGGGAGGCAAUGGAGCAGCAAUUGGCCGCUUUAUUAAGCAGCCUAAAAGUACAAAAGCAAAAGUUGAGCGACUUGUUUGACCAAACAGCUGGCCAGUUAAGACAUGCUGUAGACGCCGGCAAUAUCAUUGAGGCCUCCAAGGAUCCGGGACGUGCGUCGCGUUGGCUGUUUGGCUAUGGUAGUGAUGACGACUACUUUGUCAAUCUUUCCCAUCAGCUUGGUGAGCGGCUUGAGGAAUACAAGAAGAUUAUUUGGGAAAUUGAACGUACAACAGUAUCCUGGUCAAAACACAACGUGCGGACACCCCAAGAUAUUGUUCGGAUCAUGCGCGAACAAAACGAGACGUUCCUGUCACUCGCAAACCGUGCUGCAGCGUUGGAUGAGCAGGUCAAGCUGCAAAAGGAGCACUAUUCCCAGUACCUUAAUAUGUACGGUUAAGCAUUGGUCUAUACUUAGCUUAUUAUUUUUCUUACUUUUCCAGUCGAUGACAUAUAAUAUAAAGUAUAAAAUACGUGUAUACCGUGAUUUGACAAGUGAGGGUUCAGGGAUCACAGGGUUUGCAUAAUAUUUAUGCGAGAUUU